AUGAGUGGUUUGCAAAGGUCAGAAAUAUCCUUUAGAAGACAAGGUUCUUCAGGGUUGGUUUGGGAUGACAAGUUAAAUUUGGAGGUGAAGAAGAAAGAUGAUCACAACAACAACAACAAACGAAAUACAGAAUCAAAACCCGAGAUUACAUGCAGUCGGUCGAACGAAGGGAAUAUAUGUCGAUCUAGGAUAGUUACACCAGCAGUCGAACCACCAUCUCCUAAGGUCUCUGGUUGCUGUGGCAUAUUUGGGAAGCCAGCAAUGUCUUCCCAGAAACAAAAACCUACUCAUCGUAAGUUAUAG